UUUGUGACUCCGAUCUCGCAUCUUUUCGCGCUCUGCGUCAUUAAAUAUUGAAGCUCCAUUCUACUCACCUGGGGCUUCAAUACCUUCAAUGGAUGCGGGUCUCUGAUGUCAAUUCACACCAAACUCAUCUCUUUACAAUUUCAGUACCUCUCCUAUUCUACCUAACUUCCACACCCCUCCAUUGAUCGUUCACUACCAUCAUUCACACCACUCCCCUGACAAUGGCACCAGCUUCGAGGGCUGAUAUUCCCGACCCUACAGCUGAUCUCCACUGGUCAGACUUCAAGGGUGCAAUCCACGAGAUAUUUGCCGCAAAUGCACGGAGACAUCCAGACCGGCCAUGUGUGGUUGAGACGGCAACGAGCAAGACUCCCGAGCGCCGCUUCACAUACAAGCAGAUAUUCGAAGCAACAUCGGUCCUAGCACAUCAUUUCGUUCAAAAUGGAAUAGAGAGAGGCGAUGUAGUUAUGAUCUUCGCUCAUCGUGGCGUGGAUCUGGUUGUAGCCAUCAUGGCGGUUUUGGCUGCGGGCGCCACUUUCUCAGUUCUCGAUCCCCUAUACCCUCCGGACCGUCAAUGUAUCUACCUCGAGGUCUCCCAACCCCGUGCGCUCGUCGUCAUCGACAAGGCAACCCAAGAAGCCGGCGAACUGUCCGAACAAGUGCGCAGUUAUAUCUCGCAGAAUCUGAACUUGAAAACAGAAGUACCGGCUUUGCAGCUCAAGGAUGACGGGACAAUUGUUGGCGGUCUCAAGGAUGGCAAGGACGCACUUGACGAACAGCAAAAUUUCAAGACUGAACUCCCCGGUGUGUUGGUCGGACCAGACUCUACUCCUACGCUAUCCUUCACAUCUGGCUCUGAGGGCAAGCCCAAGGGUGUCAAAGGACGCCACUUUUCGCUGACCCACUAUUUCCCAUGGAUGGCGGAGACCUUCGGCCUGUCGGAGAAUGACAAGUUUACAAUGCUCUCUGGUAUUGCGCACGAUCCCAUUCAAAGAGAUAUUUUCACGCCGCUGUUUUUGGGCGCGCAGCUCCUUGUCCCCAGUAAGGAAGACAUCCAGCACGAGAAACUGGCAGAGUGGAUGAGGAGGUAUGGUGCGACAGUGACCCAUCUUACACCAGCCAUGGGCCAGAUUCUUGUAGGAGGUGCUUCUGCGAUCUUCCCGAGCCUUCACCACUCUUUCUUUGUUGGCGACCUGCUUAUCAAGCGAGACUGCAGAAGGUUGCAAGACCUGGCUCCCAACGUUAGGAUAGUCAACAUGUACGGUACGACCGAGACGCAGAGAGCCGUGAGCUACUACGAAGUACCAAGUCGUUCCGAGGCACCGGAUUUCCUGGACAGUCUGGGGGAAGUCAUUCCCGCAGGGCGGGGAAUGAACAACGUCCAGCUGCUUGUGGUGGACCGCGAGGACAGAACCAAAAUAUGCCCUCCUGGGCAGAGCGGCGAGAUAUAUGUACGCGCUGCUGGCCUUGCUGAAGAGUAUCUUGGACUUCCGGAACUUACUGCCACCAAAUUCGUCGAAAACUGGUUCGUAGAUCCCAAGAAAUGGGUUCAGGAAGACAGGAGGAGGGUCGAAGCACAAGGAGCGGCAGAGCCGUGGCGCGAAUUCUACAAAGGGCCCAGGGACAGGAUGUAUCGCUCUGGCGAUCUGGGACACUAUGGACCUGAUGGAAACGUGCAUUGUACCGGCAGAGUCGAUUCGCAAGUCAAGAUCCGUGGCUUCCGUAUCGAGCUUGGAGAGAUCGAUUCUCACUUGGCCGCGCACCCUCUAGUACGUGAGAACGUCACUCUGCUCAAGCGUGAUGCGUAUGAGGAGCCUACCCUAGUCAGCUAUAUUGUCCCAGAGAUGAAGCGAUACUACCAGUGGUUGGAGGAGCGUGGCGCACAAGACCACUCGACAGAUGAGAGUAUGGUCGGCCUGCUCAAGCGCUUCAAAUACCUUCGAGAUGACGUCCGCGAGCACUUGAAGAAGAAGCUUCCUGGAUAUGCGGUGCCUUCAGUCAUUGUUCCCCUCAUUCGAUUUCCUUUGAACCCGAACGGCAAAAUCGACCGGCCAGCUCUUCCCUUCCCCGAACCUCAGCAACUCGCAGCUGCUGGAGCCCGUCGACCCUCCCAGCUUGGAAAGGCCCUCACUGAAACAGAGAAAGCUGUUGCCAAGAUAUGGGCAGAUCUCUUGAGCGAUCGCGGUGUAACGGCUGACAGCAUCAGCGGGAGCGACAGCUUCUUUGACCUCGGAGGUCACAGUAUCAUCGCACAGCAACUGCUCUUGAAGGUGCGGCAGCAAUGGAAAGACAUAGACAUUCCCAUGAGCAUUAUCUUCCAGUAUCCCACGUUAAGAGCGUUCUCCGCGAACAUCGAUCAAAGUUUGGACCCCAUUGGGUUGCGCUUGGAUAGUGCAGAAGCAAUCGAAGAAGAACCGGAAGAUGAGGACUAUUCUGCCGACGCUCGCGAAUUGUCGAGACACUUGACUGACUUCAAGACAAGGGAGCCCUUGAAGCCCGGCCAAGAAGUGCACACUUUCCUAACAGGCGGUACCGGUUUCCUUGGGGCAUACGUUUUGAAAGAUCUGCUGUCCAGACCUGGCAAAGUCACCGCCUUGGUCAGAGCAAAAGAUGCAGAUGCAGCUCUGUCAAGACUUCGAAAUACUUGCCAGGCUUACGGUAUUUGGAAUGAAGAGUGGACAUCGCGCAUCGACGCUGUCGUGGGUGAUCUAGAGAAGCCCGAUUUUGGUCUGCCGGCAGACACAUGGAACGCUCUCGCGGACUCAGUCGACGUGGUGAUACACAACGGCGCGUUGGUGCAUUGGGUCCUGCCCUACUCAAGGCUUCGCGCGCCGAAUGUCCUCAGUACCGUCACUGCUCUCUCGCUCUGCGCAGUUGGCAAGGCGAAGAACUUCGGCCUCGUAAGCUCAACCUCUGUCCUUGACACGGAACACUAUGUCAAGAUCUCUGAAGACUCGCUUGCGUCUGGUGGCACCGGCGUCCCUGAAAGCGAUGACCUCGAAGGCUCACGCAAAGGUUUGGGCACUGGAUACGGUCAGAGCAAGUGGGCUGCCGAAUACCUCACUCGUCAAGCUGGUAGAAGAGGUCUCAAUGGUUGCGUCAUCCGUCCUGGCUAUGUUACAGGUGACCCUCAAUCUGGAAGCACGAUCACGGACGACUUUCUUGUUCGCAUCCUCAAGGGUUGUAUCCAGUUGCGGUCACGUCCCGACAUAACCAACACCAUCAACAUGGUCCCAGUAACCCACGUUUCCCGCGUCGUCGUCGCCUCAUCCUUUAAUCCUCCGGUUGCACCCCUCGGGGUCGCGCAGAUCACCAGCCAUCCACGCAUUACCUUCAACGAAUUCCUCGGCUCCCUGUCUAAGUACGGCUACGACGUGCCACAGGUGCCCUACGCUGAGUGGAAAGCCACGAUGGAGUCGUACGUCGCUGGUACCGGACCCUUCGCUCUCCAAAAAGACAGAGAGCCCCACGCUCUCCUCCCUCUCUACCACUUCGUCACAGGCGAUCUUCCCGGCGACACCAAGGCCCCUGAACUGGACGACAGGAACGCAGCCGAGGCGCUAAAGCAGGAUACGCAGUGGACGGGCCAGGAUUGGAGUGCCGGAGGCGCGGUCACGGAGGACACGGUUGGCGUGUAUCUGUCAUACUUAAUCGCCUUGGGUUUCAUGCCGGCACCCGAGGGCAAAGGGGAGAGAGAGUUGCCGACGUUGGAUAUAAAUGAGGAUGUAAAGGAGGCGAUGAAGCGGGUUGGUGGAAGAGGAGGUGCGAAUUGAGGCGGUGCUGAAGUGGAGUACUUACGUUGGGUGCCUGUGUCGAGCCGUGGUGGGUUGGAAAUGGCGGGCAGUAUCGAUUUCAAGAAGUACAUGUAUCAGGUAUGAAAGUAGAAGGGGGCUAUUGUUUUGUAGAACUAUCUCAUAGAUGAGAAUUGGUGAAAGUUAACUGCUGUAUAUCGCAUUAUUUCUCUAUACCACACUCUCGCUCUAGCAUUUGCGUCUCGGUACCGGCUAUAAGCAUGUAUUGGAAACAUGACAUUAUUCUUUCUGAAAGGGGCUUCAGGGGAAGCGUACAGACGGCUGGUCGGGAUAGGAUGC